AUGUUCUUUCGAGCCAUUGGCCCCAUUUUCCGUCAACAGACCAUCCAAUCCUCGAGGAGGCUCUUUCAUCCAUUAGCCGGACAUUCCCUCAGGUCUUUACAAGAGCAAUGGCGAGCACCUUCUGCGAACCUCGUUCCGAUUGUUAUUGAGCAAACUGGGAGAGGUGAACGCUCCUACGACAUUUUCUCUCGUCUCCUUCGGGAGCGUGUAAUAAUGUUACACGGUCCGAUACGCGACGACGACUCUACCUUAGUCGUUGCCCAACUGUUAUUCCUGGAAGCAGAAGACUCAACAAAGCCCAUCCAUUUGUAUAUUAACUCUCCAGGAGGAAGCGUAACGGCUGGACUUGCAAUUUAUGAUACUAUGCAGUAUGUUUCAUCUCCGAUUCAUACUUACAGCCUAGGAUUAGCCGCCUCAAUGGGUUCUUUACUUCUCGCAGCUGGCGAGAAGGGAAAGCGCCACUGCCUUCCCAACGCCAGCAUUAUGAUUCAUCAGCCUUCUGGUGGUGCUUCGGGUCAGGCGUCUGAUAUCGCUAUCCACGCUAAGGAAAUACUACGGAUACGCCAGCUUCUGACGUCCAUAUACCAGCGGCAUUGCUCCAAGGAAGGAGAGACAGAAGCUGAAGGCAUCGCACGUUUUGAAAUGGCCUUGGAACGCGACUAUUACAUGACUGCUCAAGAAGCCCUGGAAUUCGGCAUCGUGGAUGGAAUCCUUGAAAAACGGCCAGCAUCUGAUCCUGAUAGCACGCCUCCCUGA